AUGGGGAGGAGACCUGGAAAAAAGACUCUCAGCACCCACUGCAGAUGGACACUCAGCCUGUCCCCAAGCAUCAAUCAGCAGCUCCCCCCAGUUAAUACUCUGAGCAUAUGGAAUAUCCCCUUGGCCAGCACAGCCCUGUACCAGCUACUGAGAAGAAAAUUGACUCUGUACCAGCUGAAACCAGGACAAGCUGUAACAAGGUGUGACAAAUAUGUGCCAUUACAGUCCAUAACCAGCUGUGGAAGGUGGUGCAGUCAGCUGUGGAAGUCCUGGGACCUGUUUAGCAGCUCAGAGGAAACUGCAGCAUUUUGGAAGUGCUGGAAGAAACCCCAUGUGUGUGCCUGUCCUCAUCCUCGGUCCAGAUGUUUUGGGGUGGGACCUGUGACCCUUCAGCCUCCAAAUCCUUCACAAGAACUCAUCAGAUGCAAGCUGGAAGAAAAUACUGCCUUAAACCUCCAUCUGUUUCCCUUGAAAGCUGAUGGCUGCUCCACGCCUGACCCCUGGGGAGGCUCUGAUGGCUGGGAGCACCACAGAGGGAUGUGCUUUGCAUCCUCCUUGUCCUGUCCCCCAGCAGCCACAGAGCCCAGGGGAUGUGGAGACAUGGGCUGGUGUAAAAUGGGCCACUGUGAUUGCUGGGAGGACAAGAACACUUGUGUGCCAGCUCCAGAAUAACCAGUCUACCCAGUCUUGGCUGUUGAGGCCCUGGUGUUUCACUGAGCUCGAUUUUGGGACCUGCCACCCAGCAGGGGUAAGGAACAGACAAAAUGCCACCACUCAAAGCAGAAGGAGGCUGUUUCCCUUCACUUCCCACUCCUCUGCUGCUGACAGACAGGGCUCACCCAGCGGAAAGGCUGGAGGAGGCUGCUCCUCUGCUGGAGCAGAUAGAAGUAAUUAGUCAAAUCACUGCGGCGCAGAGAGGGAAGCUGGCCCAUCUCCUCUGUGCUGCAAAUGACUCAUUGCAUAACAACUUCAGUAAAGGGGGAUUUUUUUUUUCCCCUUUCUACUUUGAGCAGGGAAAAAGAGAGAUGAGUUUUUCAAAAGGCCACCAAGGCUUUUGUUUGAGAGCUUUGCCUUCCAGGUCUCCUAGGACCACUGAGAAAAGUCAUGACCUGAAUAAA